CAGAGAUGGGAACAAUCAAAUGUACCCAAUUGCCUGGGCUGUGGUAGAGAUUGAGAAUAACUCGUCAUGGAGCUGGUUUUUGAAUCUUUUGAAGACUGACUUGGAGAUUGAGGACAGCACUCAAUGGACUUUAAUGAGUGAUCAACAGAAGGGGUUAUCUACUGUAAUUCAGGAACUAUUCCCUGGUGUUGAGCACAGAAAUUGUGCUAGGCAUGUCCAUGCCAAUUGGAGUAAGACUCACAGAGGGAUGGUUCUAAAGGGACUGUUUUGGCAGAUUGCAAAGACCCCUAAUCAAGCACUACUUACAGAUAAGGUAAAAGCUUUACAGAAGGUAGAUGCUGCAGCUCUUCAUGAUCUCAAUAAGUAUCCUAUGAAAUUUUGGUGCAAAGCUUUUUUCAAAGAGGAAGUGCGAUGUGACAUGACAGACAAUAAUUUGAGUGAAGCAUUCAAUAAGACAUUGUUGGAUGCAAGGAGUAAGAAUAUCAUUCCAAUGCUAGAGGACAUAAGAGUUGCAAUGAUGAAGAGGGUUGCAAAGAAGAAAGCACUUGGUGAAAGAUGGAAUGGGAAUUAUGGCACUAUUAUUAUGAAGAAGUUGAAUGAAAACAUUAUUGGGAGUAAAGAUUGGGAGGUGGUUUUCAAUGGAGUUGAUGGAUAUGAGGUGAAAAAGGGAAGGUUUCAAUUCAAGGUCAAUUUAGAUUUGAGGACUUGUUCUUGUAGAAUGUGGCAAUUAACUGGUUUGCCAUGUCCUCAUUCCAUUUGUGCAAUAUUUCACAAGGGGGAUCAGCCAGAUCAGUACAUACAUAUAUGUUACAGUAAAGAGAUGUACAUGAAGACCUAUGAGCAUGUACUACAGCCCAUAAAUGGAGAACAAUUUUGGCCAAGGGCUGAAGGUGGUGAGUUACAUGCUCCAGUUCCAAGGAAGAUGACCGGCAGACCCAAGAAAAAAAGAAAGCUUGAACAUGAUGAAAAGAACAAGGAUAAAAACAAAAUAAGUGAAGAGGUUAGAAAGUUGUCAAGGAAGGGAAGGGUAAUGACCUGUCAGCUAUGCAAGGGGAAGGGGCACAACAAAAGAUAUUGUCCUACCCAACAAGGACAAGCUGGUGAUUGACUGUUUUGGCAGUGACU